ACUUAAUAGUAAUAAUGGCAUCAAACGAGACAUUAAAUUCUUCGUCAUCAACGACUAAUGGUGUCCUCACCAGUGAUUUACUUACAUAUACGACAUCCGAUGAGAUCAGAGAUUGGAUUAUAUUGUCGAUGUAUUUCUUAACAUUUCUGUUGGCACUUAUUGGCAACAUUUUCAUCUGUCUGGUCAUCUAUAAUAAGAAAAAAUUAAGAUCAACCACCUAUAAGCUGAUCGUAAAUAUGGCCAUUUCCGACAUUAUCGGCGGUAUUGUCAUACCCGGCCAGUGGCUGUUUUGUUCGACAUAUUUACUGGACAACGGUUCCUUCAAUCAUCGACUAUGCGGACUGUCCAAGUCGUUGCAGAUACUGUCCUACUAUGUAUCAACAUAUUCAAUGACCGUAAUAGCCAUAGACCGGUAUCGGCUUAUAUGUAGACCGCUGGCACCGCGUAUGCAACCGUUGAUACCCAUACUAAGCACCUGGAUAUUGGGUGCCGUAUUUACGGCGACCACAUUUUUUUCGAUGCGAGUAUCGGAAUAUUUUUCGCCGAUUCAGGGACUUAUCGGUUGUCGUGUAAUAUUUCCGUCGGACAUAAGUCUGCUGUUAAGAAAAUGGCGAGUAAUGCUUGUUAUUAUCACCCAAUACUUGAUCCCGUUGUCACUAACCGGCUAUUUCUACGGUAUGGUCAUCUAUACGGUAUGGCAAAGGGAACGGGUGGGCGCCACCGGAGGUGUAGGAGGUGUCGACCAGACAAAGAAAAAGUCGUUUAAUGCCAAUAAAAAACGUACGAUUAAGAUGUUGAUGACGGUUGUGGUCAUGUUUGGGUUGGCCUGGUUUCCCACACAACUCAUGCAUUAUCUUAAAUUCUAUACCAGUGUCAUACCUGUCCAAAAAUCAUACAACAAAUGCAAUUCAACUACAUUUUAUAUGCUAUGCUAUUGGCUGGGUAUCAGUAGCUGUUUCUACAAUGCCUUUAUCUAUUGUCAUUUCAAUAAGGAUUUCCGAUCGGAGGCCAUUGCCUACUGGAACUAUCUGGUACCUCAGUGUCUACAGAUGGACUUACCAGCACCGGGCGAUGAGUCGACAUCAUCACCGAAACCAUCAGCCGAUGAUACUAGUGGUGCCACAAAUCAAACUACUUCUUCUAAUACUAAUAAUAAUAAUAAUUAUGGCUCAACACAAGUGUAG